GCGUUCACGGAAUAGAGCAUAUAUACACUGACGGGUCGAGUCCUACAAUGGAUGCUUCGAUCGCCGGUAGCCGUGUCCAAUGAUAAACUCGUUUGCGGUAACUUCUCCUGGUCCCCCGUUGUGACGAUGUAGGCUACAACAGCGGGAGCGCGCAAUUACGCAACACCCCCGCCUGCCCUGUGCGCUAUAACCGGAUCAGCGUCUCUCCUCAGCCUCUCCGGUCCUGCACCCAAACUAACACCGGCCAGCUCUCAGCUGACAGACUCAGCCUUGUGACUUCAACCAGCUCCAUUUACCAUGGGAAAGGAGAAACUCCACAUCAACAUUGUUGUGAUCGGCCAUGUGGACUCUGGAAAGUCCACCACCACGGGCCACCUCAUCUACAAGUGCGGGGGCAUCGACAAGAGAACCAUUGAGAAGUUUGAAAAAGAAGCUGCUGAGAUGGGGAAGGGGUCGUUCAAGUACGCCUGGGUGUUGGACAAGCUGAAGGCAGAAAGGGAGCGUGGUAUUACCAUUGACAUCUCACUGUGGAAGUUUGAAACCAGCAAGUACUAUGUGACAAUCAUCGAUGCCCCGGGUCAUAGGGACUUCAUCAAGAACAUGAUCACUGGGACCUCCCAGGCAGAUUGUGCUGUGCUGAUUGUGGCGGCUGGUGUAGGAGAGUUCGAAGCUGGUAUUUCCAAGAAUGGACAAACCCGUGAGCACGCCCUCCUGGCCUACACUCUGGGAGUAAAGCAGCUCAUUGUGGGCAUCAACAAGAUGGAUUCCACCGAGCCAAACUACAGCCAGAAGCGUUAUGAGGAAAUUGUGAAGGAAGUGAGCACCUACAUUAAGAAGAUUGGCUACAAUCCGGACACCGUUGCCUUUGUACCUAUUUCAGGCUGGAAUGGAGACAACAUGCUUGAGCCCAGCCCCAAUAUGACAUGGUUUAAGGGGUGGAAGAUCAAUAGGAAAGAAGGCAAUGCAUCAGGGACCACUCUACUGGAGGCUCUGGAUGCCAUCCAGUCCCCCACCCGUCCAACAGACAAACCUCUACGUCUGCCCCUGCAGGAUGUCUACAAGAUAGGAGGUAUUGGAACAGUGCCUGUAGGCCGCGUGGAAACGGGCGUACUAAAGUCUGGCAUGGUGGUGACCUUUGCCCCCGUCAAUGUGACUACCGAGGUGAAGUCUGUGGAGAUGCACCAUGAGGCGCUGACUGAGGCCCUACCUGGUGACAACGUGGGCUUUAAUGUCAAGAAUGUGUCAGUCAAGGACAUUCGCCGCGGCAACGUGGCUGGCGAUAGCAAGAACGACCCACCACAAGAAGCUGCCAACUUCACUGCUCAGGUGAUUAUCCUUAAUCACCCAGGCCAGAUCAGUGCUGGUUAUGCUCCUGUCCUGGACUGUCACACUGCUCACAUUGCCUGCAAGUUUGCAGAGCUUAAGGAGAAGAUUGAUCGCCGCUCUGGCAAAAAGCUGGAGGACAACCCUAAAACCCUCAAGUCUGGAGAUGCUGCCAUUGUGGAUAUGGUUCCUGGAAAGCCAAUGUGUGUUGAGAGCUUCUCCGAGUACCCUCCACUUGGUCGUUUUGCUGUGCGUGACAUGCGCCAGACUGUGGCCGUUGGCGUGAUUAAGGCCGUAGAAAAGAAGGUCUCCACCACUGGUAAAGUUACUAAGUCCGCCCAGAAGGCCCAGAAGAACAAAUGAAUGUUGUGCUACUCUGCCGACCCCAAGGUCUCACAGGGCAGGACAUCGGUCAUCCAACUCAAUCCGACAACUGGCUGCUUCAACCUAAUAAUCAAAGACUGGUUAAUCAUCACAAUGCAUCGCAAAAGCAUUCGAAGGAAAGAACAACAUUUAGAUCUUAAGUCGUCCUUAGGCAGCACUCCUGACUUCAUUUUAAGUGGUUAGAGUACCAUUACGUACUAUGUAAUAUCAAACAGAUAGUUUUAAUGUGCACUAUUGAAUUGAUUCAAGGCAAUUCUUCUGUGAAAUUGAGACAUUGAACAAUUAGAGGUAGUGAAAUGUAUCACCGCUCUAGCUCUCUGGAGUGCAGCCACUGGUCUCUACAUGGUAAAUGUUGUGCUUAUGUCUUGCUUUUAGUGUUUGUUUGCAACUCCAUGGUACUCUGUACGAGCAUUUACAAGAUGAUAAAACUAUGUUCUUCCAAGUAGUAAUUAGUAGAAGUUAGUGAUUUGUUCUGUUUAAGCUAUGAUAAGCACUUAAAACAAAUGGUCCAAAUCUGUCCUUCCCGAGGGACUCUGAGUAGACCACCUGUUGAUUCUUAAAGCACUUUAAUUGGCGUUUUGCUAACUUUGCACUUCCACUGGAAAAGCUUAAAUUGGCACAAGCUACUUUAACUCACUGUAAGAUGGCAUGAGCCUCUUUGUGACAUUAAACAUGUUUCAACCAAAA